ACUCCAUGCUUUCUUUCUACUAAUAGCAUGUCGUCUCAUAAUUUGACAUGAUUCAGCCAUUUCUACGUGCCAGACCACUGGCCCAUUUUGCUACACUCUGGGCCCUCCGCCAACCACAGCCUCUAAUUACGACCAGUUUGAAAACUUUCACUACUACCCGAGUGUUAGACGGCAAGGCAGGACGAAGUAGAGCCAGAGCAAAGCGCCGGCAGAGCUCUUUGAGAACCAAGUCGCGGAAAGACUCUUCAGAGAACAAACCAAAAAGUAAAAAACCGACGAAGGAGAAGCAGCCCAGCUCUGCAGAACCUGGAAAGUUCGCUUUGAGUCAUGAGAAUGGAGCCCAGAAAGAUAAAGGAGAAUCCCAUAAUGCAGUAAUACCGCCAUCUGCCGGAUUAUGGACGUCAUUAAAAUCCCGUCUUCAAGCCUCAAACUCACCUUCAAGUUCAAGAAGAAGACUGGAAAAUGCAGAUGAAGGAAUAGAGCAUGAACGACAAAAUGAGAAUGAUGUGAUAGCUCGUUACGCUGAGGAACCAGCUGCGCCGGAAGAUUUACCUCCUGAGAAGACCUCCCUGGCUAAGAAACUGGGAAAGGGAAGACGGGCGAAAAGCAAAUCGAACCUGGAUGUUAAGACCAUAAAGCCCCAGCAUCUGAAGCUGUGCCCAGUUGAAGAGGACGCCUUGCUACCAGUGCCGCAACUCUCUCAUAACCUUGACCGAGUAUUAUUCAACCCAGGAGUUUAUCACAUGCAAGAUGAUCGAUCUCGUGUUUUCAAUUUUGAUCCUUAUCUGGCUUCCAUCAUGCCGGUGAAAGAGUUUGACUUCGAUGCGCUUAGGAGUUACGUUACCUCGUCCAAAGAUGCAAAGUUGAGGCAACUCAGUGCCGCACACGGCAUGAAAUACUGCGGCUCAACAUCGAGCAUGACUUCGAUCUUGUCUCAUUUUCACUAUCUCCUCUCAGCUUGGAGAAAACCUAAUUUUUCGUAUUUAUCGCGAUCAUUAGAGCCGGAAUCUUACAAUUUUACAGCCAUAAGCCGUGGCCCUGCCGCCGCUUUUGCACACUUCAAUGAUGGAGUCUAUGCAUUUGACUCCGACAAAGAAUAUGACACCGAAAACAUCCUCAGUUUGCUUGGUAAAUCAAUGGAAAAGCUUCUUACGUUGCCAAAAGAAGAAUUCGAAAAGUAUAGGAGAUCGCGGUCUCAUCAGCUGACAGAGGAAGAGAGAAACGCAGAGGAUGCAUUCCACUACACUACUUUGGGAGACUUCAUGAUGCGAUCACAAUUAGAUGCUUACGACCCUAGGCUUCCUGGCUCCGGUAUGUUCGACCUGAAAACGCGAGCAGUUGUUGCCGUCAGAAUGGACGUCCGAGGAUACGAGAAAGGUGCAGGCUACGAAAUCCAGAAACGAUUUGGCCAGUGGGAGUCUUUUGAGCGUGAGUACUACGAUAUGAUCAGAACUGUGUUUUUGAAAUACUCUUUACAAGUGCGAAUGGGCCGCAUGGAUGGUAUCUUCGUCGCUUAUCACAACACACAGCGAAUUUUUGGUUUCCAGUACAUCAGCUUGGAUGAAAUGGAUGUGGCUCUUCAUGGGACUAAUGAUCGCCGAGUGGGCGACCAAGAAUUCAAAAUUAGCGUCACACUUUUGAAUGAGCUUAUGGACAGAGCCACCAAACGUUUCCCUGGACGAACUCUUCGUUUGCAUGUAGAGACUCGCCCAACAAAGGUGCCUCUUACAUACUUCUUUGCUGAGCCGGUGACGGAUGAAGAAAUGACGGAAACGCAAGAAGCUGGCAAAUCAACCGUUGAGGAAUUGGAACGUGCCAUCAACAAAGCAGAGGCCGAAGAAGGAUCCGAAGAAACGGGAGAGAUCGCGAAGACCGAAUCACAGCCGUCCAAUGAGGAGACGAAGCAGCUUUCUGACGAUCUUCCUUACCAAGAUGCACAGAACGAAGCUGCCUGGAAUGAUAUGAUGAUCAAGGUUGAAGAAACAGUGGAAGAUGAUUCUCUGGGAAUAGGAUCAGUUAGGGAAGCUGUUCAGGAAGCCCUCGAGCAAAGCGGAAUUCUUAAAGACAAGACUGAACUUGAAAUCGAGCAAUACUUGGAUGCUAUGGUGGCAUCUCUGACGGCACACUCUUCCAAGAUUAAGGAACUGCGGGAUAGAUCCGACGAGCCAGGAGAUGUAGAGCCACGUCGCAACCGUGACUCAGAAGAUGAUCUAGGUGCUAAUGAGGCAUCAGUCGAAGAUCGACAUAGCAAUUCAGAGUCCAACAUUGAUGCAUCCGACUCAGAGAUACAGAAGGCUUCCUUGACAGAUUUGAUCCUGAAAGCAACAGUCGGCGUUGACAACAAGGCGCAAAAUCUAAAGACGUUUCAACGAAUGUUUGCCGAUUUAACCGCAAAGACUAAACAAGAUGAUACUGAACUUGGAGAGGAUGGACAAAUGACAUUAGGUAAAGAGGAAACUUCGAAUGAAGAUGAGCUUAUCGAAGAAGAAGAAGAGGGGGGCGAAAGUGAAGCUAUGGAUAAUACGGAAAGCCCUGGACGACCACAACGUGAACUAUUGGGCAUGUACGUCACUAUUCGCAAUCAAGUGAAUGGCGAACACGUUGAGCGACCAACAAACGUCAGAAAAGAAGACGAUUUCGACUGGUCGGUUCAAUAUAACAUUACUGAACUACCCGAUCAAAGGGCACGCACCAUCUACAAUAAACUCAAGCAGCGCCGGAAGAAGGUACUUGCGCCACAGCCCUCGGAUAACUGGGACUGGUACAAAAUGUUUCAAGGAAAACUACCGGCACUGUCCAAGAAGGGCGAGAUAUUUAGAGAAAUGCGUACCCAGCAGGAAGCGGAUAGUCCGAUGCAUGUUGCAUGGGAACGAACAGCUGUAUCUCGCGACACCUUUCAACCACCAAAGGAGUGAUGGAAUGAUGGUGCGGCUGUGAAUCAGCAGAGCGUACCCUACUGUAUUAGCAUAAUCACAGGGGGGGGGGGGGAUUCUUGU